UUUAAAAUAUCAAAGGUUUACAUCAUCAGGUUUCAAUAGUAAAGGGAUUGAAAAUUUGAGUUUGUGGUAAAGAAUCGGUUUCUUAGGUUAUUGCCCUUGUCUAAAUAUGAUAUUAUUGUUUACUAUGUUACUACCAAUGGACCUACAAAUUUCUUUAAGAGAAAUGUUGAGAAACCUUUUUCAUCCUUCUCUUCUCAAAUCAGACUUUCAACUUGAUAUAAAGAUUUGUAUAGCUCUGUAUGUGUUCUCUGAACUUGAUAUAAAGAUUUGUAUAGCUCUGUAUGUGUUCUCUGAAAAUGAAAGUGUGAUCAACCAAAUCCGAGAUCAAACAUUAAGCGGGGGAUUCACCGUCAAUGAUACAAUUCUUCAACUCAGUGUUGAAGAACUCCCGUUUGGAGGUGUUGGAUCAAGUGGAACUGGAGCUUACCAUGGUAAACAUGGGUUUUUGACACCUUUACACAUUACAAGCAGCAAGAAAAGCUGUUUAAGACCAGAGAAGAAUUUAGGAGAAAUCUAUUCCACAAAGGAUAAAAUAUAGACUAAGAGGGAUUACUGAAAUCCAGAGCUAGAGAUAUGUAACUACUGCAGCCUCCAGGAAGGAAUAAAACAAUUUAUUUGAGAGACAGUGAGGCUGAAAAAAUAUAUAAGUGUUAAUCACAGAACCUCGUUAAAGCUUGAGAGAAAAUUUAGUAAUUCAGCCCCUGAAUAAUUAAUAGCAAUCGGAAGAAAUGUUUGAGAGGAUGAAAAAUGAGGUUAAUGCUAGAGAGAAAAUUGGGUGAAUCAGCUCUCUGAAUAAUUAAUGAAAAUAUAAAGAGAUACUUGAGAGAACAACUGAAAGAUUGAAAAUAAAGUAAUCAAGCCAAAUCAUUUUCAUGAUAACUAUAUAAGUGUUCAUUAGUACUUAAAACGAGCGAUAUUCUGGCAAACUCUUUAGUUUUUUUUGUCCUAUUAUAAACACGUAAUCUUAGUACUAGUAGUUUCCGGUUUGAUAUUGGCUAUUUGACUGUUAUGAAAUAUUGUGUAAAAUCUUUUAAUCACAACUGAACCAAACUUAGUUCAGAAAUACUUUAAGCUGGUCUGUAAAUUUCUUCUAGAAUUCAGCUUUUAUUAAGUAAACCCUAUAUCAAAUUUUAUAUUACAAUCAUUGUGAAUUGUGUGCAAUUUAUUAAUUCAGACUCACAUAUUGUAAUCAAUUUAGAUCAGCCUUGAACAUAUUAAGAUUUUAAUUCUUAGUAAUUAAGAUCACCUCCUGUUAAAGCAAUAGAAGUGGCAUUAUAAACAUAAUAUAAAUACAAUUUCUAUUAACUAAAUCAUUGUAACCUGCCCAAGUAAUAUUAGUUACAGAUAAUUAGUUGUAAAAUAAAGAUAAUUAUAUCCUUAUCUUGUAUUC